AUGGAGGCGGAGUUGGAGCCUCGCGUGAAGGCGCUGCCGUUCAAGGUCAAAGCGACGUCGCGAGAAUCGGCGUCGCAGAAAGCUCUCAACGUCCUCGACAACGACCUCCGCACUCACUGGUCCACCGCCACCAACACCAAGGAGUGGAUUCUUCUAGAACUCGAUUUUGUAGGCCUUGUAACUGCUUUUUCUGUGUUGCACAAGAUUCAGUUUGGAAGCAGUUGGACAUUUGUUCUUGCAUCUGAGCCUUGCCUGUUGUCGCAUAUACGGAUUUAUAACAAGUCUGUACUUGAGUGGGAAAUUGCGGUUGGCUUACGAUACAAGCCAGAGACAUUCCAGAAAGUUCGUCCACGCUGUGAAGCACCUAGACGUGACAUGAUCUACCCUACAAAUUACACUCCAUGCCGAUAUGUGAGGAUAUCUUGUUUGCGUGGAAAUCCAAUUGCUAUUUUCUUUGUUCAGCUAAUAGGAGUUUCUGUGGCUGGUCUUGAGCCUGAAUUUCAACCUGUUGUUAAUCAUUUGCUACCCCAUAUUUUAUCUCACAAACAGGAUCCUCAUGAUAUUCAUCUGCAGGUGGAUUACCUUGCUUCCACAGACCUUUCAAGCUUUCCAGAUAAUCCUGAAUCUAACAUACGAUUUCUUGCCAUGCUUGCUGGCCCUCUAUAUCCUAUUCUUCAUGUGGUGAAUGAAAGCUUGAAAAGUAAGCCAUUUGAUUUUGGGCUUCAAACUGCUAAAGGAUCUAAAAAUUAUGUAGGAGAGAGAGAUGCAAAAAUUAAGGUGGAUGGGAAACAUAAUAGAAAAUAUCAGUUUAGGAAUAAAUGUGCUCGGGAGGAAGUUGGAGUAGAAUUAAUAGGAGGGGAAGGAAAAUACUUUCUUUGCAGUGGUUUUGCAUUUAGAAGACAUCCCAUAAAUGCCAGUAAGGGGAUCAAAAGGAAGAAAGUUUGGACAACAUCAAAACCUCCAGGUAAUAUCGCUGACCUUGAUGUCUCCAAAAGCAGUCAACUGUCACCAAUCCUAACUGUUUCCUCUAACUUUGAGGUACAUUCCCCUAAGGUCUUCAAAGGUGCUAAGCCAAGGAGAUCACGAAGUGCAUCACCUUUAAUUGUAUCUUCAUACCGUGCCAUAGUUUUUAGGCCAGAUGCAAUUUUUGUGCUUCUGAGAAAGGCAUAUAAAGAUUCUGAUCUGGGCUCUGUUUGUAGAAUGGCAUCUAAAAUUAUGCACAAGCUCAUUAAUCCCGAUACUAAGCAUAAUGUAUCAAACCCUCAAGAUGAAUCAACUUCUCCUUUGGAAGAUAAAUCAAAUUUGAAACUGUCUAGCCCUGUCAAUUUUGUUGAUUACUCAAAAAUGUUGGGAGAGGAAUUCCGGAUUCCAGAUGAGCAGUGGGAUUGCAGCUAUCUAAAUAUAUUAGAUAUUGGGGUUGUGGAAGAAGGGAUCUUACAUGUUCUUUAUUCUUGUGCAUCACAGCCUGUUCUUUGCAGCAAGUUGGCAGAGAGAUGUUCGGACUUGUGGGCUGCACUGCCACUUGUACAAGCUCUGCUACCAGCUCUGCGUCCAUGGGUGAGCAAUUCUUUCGAUGUUGUUGAUGAUACAUUUUCGCAGUGGAAGCAACCUAUUGUACAACAAGCUUUAUCUCAGAUUGUUGCUUCAGCAAUAUCAGUGACAUAUCAAUCACUUGUUCACGCUUGUGCUGGUUAUCUGUCAUCGUACUCACCAUCUCAUCGAGAUAGCAGCAGGACUCUGCAAGAACCACAUAUGGAAGAAAUUGAAAUUCUCAAUAUAGCAGUCCAUGCUAGGGCUGCAUGUGUACUGAUUGAUCUCUGUUCUGGUGUGCUGGCACCAUGGAUGACUCACGUGAUUGCAAAGGUUGAUCUUGCACUGGAGCUUUUGGAGGAUCUUUUGGGCAUAAUACAAGAUGCGCACAAUUCACUUGUUCGUGCUCGUGCUGCCUUGAAAUAUAUUGUGCUAGCUUUGUCUGGGCAUAUGGAUGACAUACUUGGAAAAUAUAAGUCCAGCCGCUGGUUUGUGAGGCUUGCUGAAGUCAAACACAAAAUCCUCUUUCUUCUGGAGAUGCUGGAACCUUUUCUUGAUCCUGCCAUUGCUGUAUCAAAAAGCAAAAUAGCAUUUGGUGAUUUAGCUUCUUCAUUUCCAGAAAAGCAGGAACAUAAUUGUACAAUUGCUCUAAAUAUCAUCCGUACCGCCGUACAAAAGCCAGCUGUAUUGCCUUCUUUGGAAUCAGAAUGGAGGCUUGGAUCUGUGGCUCCUAGGUACUGUAUCGUUGUGGCUGUGUCCCUUCUGCUUUGUAUUGUUGAAAAUUUAGUUGAUAUUUUGUAG